CCAAAGCUUCACCACCUCCUCACCAGACUCCGAAGUCCAAACACCUGCUGACCGAUGGAGGUUGAGGCGUUCCCGAUAGGGUUCACCAAGGGCAUCCGCUCCCACUGGCGCCGCCGCAAGUACCAGCGCCUGGAGAACGGAGACGGCGGCGGCAGGACCAAGAGCACGCAGCGCCUCGGCGGCGGCGCGCGGCGCGGCAGCGGCAGCGGCGGGUGGCGCGUGCGGCUGCGCGGUCUGAUUCUGCGCCGUGUGCGCGUCGUCCGGGCGGUCGUCGCGUUACCCGGGCGGCUGCUGUGCCGGCUGCGGGACGCGUACGUGGGCGGCAUGCUCGCUGUGGCCAGGAAGGCGGCGGUCACGGCGGUGCCUAGCGACGGGAUGUGGACAAAGCGGGUGCCAAGGCGGAAGCACCAGAAGCUGCUGCUUCCCGGCACGGCGGCGGCACAGGGGCCGUCGGAGUUCGAGAAGCGGCUGGUCAUGGAGAUCUACAAGUCCAUCGUCGCCUCCAAGGAGCUCACCACCAUGCUCCACUCCUCCGCCACAACCGCGUCGUCAUCAACCUAGCUAGCUAAGCAUCAUGUUCCACUGCCGUAAGGCGUGUCUGUGUCAACAACGAGCACAGCUGCAUGUUGAUCUGAAGCGAGAUUUUCAAGUUCAUUUGCUCGCUUCCCGUUAGAUUAUUAUUGCUGCUACGAAUUACUCGGUGGAGUAGUAAGCAGUCGUAGUAUUGUGCUAUGUGUUCGUCCCAUGUAAAGCUGUAAGAACGAGAGAAAUCCCAACCUGUUCAAAGUAGUACCAAGGUAUCCCAAGUUUCAAAUGCCUCCACCAUUUGGUCUUGUGCACGUUACUGUCAAGGUAAACUUUUCCA